UAUGUAAUAAAUAUUUUUAAAGAACAAUAGUGCUUUCUCUUAUCCACGCGCAAUACUAUACUAAUUUGGUUUACCAGAACAAAUUAAAAAUUUUAAGAUUUAAUAUUAGAGUGAAUUCACUUAUUUUUUUUUAUCAAACUUUAGGUUAAGAUCUUUAUGUUUUUAUAUGCUAAUUAAUGGUAUUUUUUACAAUAUUUCAAUUUUUCUGAGAUAAUAUGAUGUAUAAAAUCACUUUUAAAUUGUAAAAUUUUACCAUAGUACCUAUACUCGUUACUUAUCUCAGAACUUACAUUAAAAUUGAAUAUCGUAUAAAAGCACAGAUAUGUUCUUGAAUUUAAGUUUGAUUAUAUGUCAAUUCACUUUAACACACUAACACAAUUCGGAAGCAAUUUAUAUCAUUUGAAUCUAUUCCAGAACUAUGGAAAAAUCAGCCGACAUACUUAUUAGUCCAAAUGUUAUUUAUUAUGGGUGGAGCAGUAACACUUUUACACGCACUUACUAACGGAGGAAGACGUCCUUUACUUUGGUUAUGCAUAAUUUGUCACGGUUUGGUUGUUGAGUGUAUAUGUUAUCUCAUGGAUGAAAUAGACAAUUUUUGGCACAGUCGUGCACCAAUUAUGUUUUUCCGACAUAGGCUUCCGUUGUAUGUUAUAAUCUUAUAUAUUUUUUUUAAUUUUACAGAUUCAGUUUUUUAUUACAUAGCAAUUGAAAUAGCUUAUAGAACAAACAAAACAAAAAUAGGCUUCAUAGUUACUGUAGGAUUAAAUGUAUUUUUAAUUGAUUUACCAUAUGAUAUUAUGGGUAUAAAAUUUGUCCAUUGGACCUGGCACGAUACUGAUCCAAACAUAGGGGACCGAAUAUAUUGGGUACCAUUGACUUCUUAUUAUUUUCAUAUGGUGUUUUCUGCAAGUUUUAGUUUUUGGUUUUUCAUUAAAGGUGUUGAUCUUGAUCAAACGUAUACAUCUAGAAUAGAGAUUUCGACUUCUCUAAAAGCAAUAUUCCUUAGUACACCUUGUGGAAUAUUAUGCUUUUCUGUACUCUAUCAUCCAUUACAUGAUCUGUACAACGUUCCAACACAAAUAAUAAUUAUGUUUUUAAUAGCAUUAUACAUCAUGUUAUCUAUUUUAAAACGCAAACCUAGACAAAUGUUUAACCGUCCAUUAACUAUAAUUUUUUAUCUUAUCGUGUACUAUGCAACAUUUUUAUGUUUUGCAAUAUGGGGAAAACCGGAAAAUGAAAUUUCAAUUGGACCUCAUGAAGAAAUCGGUCCGUGUAAUAUUACAGUAUCAUCUUUUGGAACGGAAUUAAAAAAACGUAAAUAUUUAUGUAUUGAAGACUAUAAUGAAGAUUUUGAUUUUCACUGUGUAAAAGAUGUACCUGCUCAACAUAGCCAAAUUUAUACAAUAUGUGGAACACCUUUUAAUAAUCGGAUUGAAUAUAUUAUUUUAAUAAUCACAAUAAUUAUAAUAGCAUUUACACAUUUUAAUGAAUCAUUUAAAAUAAUAAAACAAAUUAAAAAAUCUCAUUGAUUAUAUCAAAAGUUUAUUAAGCUAGAGAAAUAUGAAAAAAAUAAUAAUAGUAUGAAUAAAUUUGUUUACAAAUAGUUUUACAGUAAAUAUUUUAUCUAUGUUCCAUACACAUCAAAUUUAUCUGUUUAUUGUAAUUAAUUCUUGAUAUCGUUUGAGUUGAUUAUAAAUUUGUAUUAUUCAUAACUUUUUUUAAUAUUGCCAGCUUUAGUGGAAAAUAGAAAAUAUUUGGUAUGCGGUUUCAAAAACUAAUGAUAUACAUGAAAUGUGAUUUAUAAAUAAAAUAUAAACUUAUACAUAAAA